AUGGAGGUGGAUGCAGACGAGAAGCGCCAUCGCACACGCUCCAAAGGUGUUCGAGUUCCCGUCGAACCAGCCAUACAAGAGCUGUUCAGCUGUCCUACUCCUGGUUGUGAUGGCAGUGGUCAUGUUAGUGGCAAAUAUGCAAGACACAGAAGUGUUUAUGGCUGUCCUUUGGCAAAAAAAAGAAAAACACAAGAUAAGCAACCCCAAGAACCUGCUCCCAAAAGAAAACCCUUUGUGGUUAAAACAGACAACUCUUCAGUAGAUGAGUGUUAUGAAACUGAUGGAACAGAGGAGAUGGAUGAAAAGGAGGAGGAAGAAGAGGAAGAAGAAGAGGAGGAGGAGUAUUCUGAUGACAAUGAAGGUGAUGAGGAGGAGGAGGAUGAAGAAAUAGAUCGAGAAGAGGAAGAGGAGAUUGAAGAGGAAGAAGAGGAGGAUGAAGAGGAAGCAGAAGAUGUGGAGGAGGAGGAGGAAGAAGAAGAGGAGGAAGAGGAGGAGGAGGAAGAACGUGAACAUGAAGACCAUCAAAUGAAUUGUCACAAUACUCGAAUAAUGCAAGACACAGAAAAAGAUGAUAACAAUAAUGAUGAGUAUGAUAAUUAUGAUGAACUGGUGGCCAAGUCAUUGUUAAAUCUUGGCAAAAUUGCAGAGGAUGCAGCAUACAGAGCCAGGACAGAAUCAGAAAUGAACAGCAAUACAUCUAAUAGUCUGGAAGAUGAUAGUGACAAAAAUGAAAAUAUUGGUCGGAAAAGUGAGCUGAGUUUAGAUUUAGACAGUGAUGUUGUUAGGGAAACAGUGGACUCCCUUAAAUUAUUAGCACAAGGACAUGGUGUAGUGCUUUCAGAAAACAUUAACGACAGAAAUUAUGCAGACAAUAUUUCACAGCAAGAUAACAGGAAUAUGAACUUUGUAAUGCUAGGGAAGCCUAUGAACAAUGGACUUAUGGAAAAAAUGGUGGAGGAGAGUGAUGAAGAGGUGUGUCUCAGCAGUUUGGAAUGCUUAAGGAACCAGUGUUUUGAUCUGGCUAGGAAACUCAGUGAGACGAACCCACAGGAAAGAAAUCAGCAGCAAAAUAUGAAUGCUCGUCAACAUGUCAGGCAAGAAGAUGACUUCCAAGGAAGAACGCCAGAUCGGAAUUACUCUGACAUGAUGAACUUAAUGAGGCUUGAAGAACAGUUGAGUCCCAGAUCUAGAACUUUUUCUAGCUGUGCAAAGGAGGAUGGGUGUCAUGAAAGAGAUGAUGAUACCACCUCUAUUACUUCAGACAGGUCUGAAGAAGUUUUUGAUAUGACAAAAGGUAACUUAACCCUGCUUGAGAAAGCUAUUGCUUUGGAAACUGAGAGAGCAAAAGCCAUGAGGGAAAAAAUGGCAAUGGAAGCUGGAAGGAGGGAUAAUAUGAGAUCAUUUGAGGAGCAGCCUCCGCGACAACUUUCUGGGGAUGACAGGAAGCCUAAAUCCAGUGACGGCCAUGUCAAAAAGCCAUAUUAUGGUAAAGAUCCCUCAAGAACAGAAAAGAAAGAGAGCAAAUGUCCUACCCCUGGGUGUGAUGGAACUGGCCAUGUAACGGGGCUUUACCCCCAUCACCGCAGUUUGUCAGGAUGCCCACACAAAGAUAGGGUCCCUCCAGAAAUUCUUGCCAUGCAUGAAAAUGUUCUUAAGUGUCCUACACCAGGCUGCACAGGUCGGGGCCACGUAAAUAGCAACAGGAAUUCUCACAGAAGCCUCUCUGGAUGUCCUAUUGCUGCAGCAGAGAAACUGGCUAAAGCUCAAGAGAAGCAUCAGAGCUGUGAUGUGUCAAAAUCAAACCAGGCAUCAGAUCGGGUUUUAAGGCCCAUGUGCUUUGUUAAGCAAUUGGAGAUCCCUCAGUAUGGCUACAGAAACAAUGUCCCCACCACCACACCCCGCUCCAACUUGGCCAAGGAACUAGAGAAAUACUCUAAGACUUCGUUUGAAUAUAACAGUUAUGACAACCAUGCCUAUGGCAAGAGAGCCAUAGCUCCCAAGGUGCAAUCCAGGGAUAUAUCCCCCAAAGGAUAUGAUGCUAAACGUUAUUGUAAGAAUUCAAGCCCAACCAGCAGCACAACAAGCAGUUAUGCCCCUAGCAGCAGCAGCAAUAUGAGUUGUGGUGGAGGCAGCAGUGCCAGCAGUACCUGCAGCAAGAGCAGCUUUGACUAUACUCAUGACAUGGAGGCAGCACACAUGGCUGCCACUGCUAUUCUGAAUCUCUCCACUCGCUGCAGGGAGAUGCCUCAGAACCUCUCCACUAAACCUCAGGAUCUCUGUGCCCGGAAUCCUGAUAUGGAAGUAGAUGAAAAUGGAACCUUGGAUCUAAGCAUGAACAAACAGAGACAGCGAGAUGGUUGCUGUACCAUUUUGACACCACUGGAGCCAAUGUCACCACAACGACAAGCUGUGAUGAAUAACCGGUGUUACCAGCUGAAUGAGAGUGACUGCUGGGACUUGCCAGUGGACUACACUAAAAUGAAGCCCAGAAGGAUAGAUGAAGAUGAUUCCAAAGAAAUUAAUCCAGAAGACUUGGAUCCUUUCCAAGAGGCACUUGAAGAACGAAGGUAUCCUGGUGAAGUUACAAUCCCAAGCCCUAAACCCAAAUACCCUCAAUGCAAAGAGAGCAAAAAGGAUUUAAUAACUCUGUCUGGCUGCCCCUUGGCUGACAAAAGCAUUCGAAGUAUGCUGGCCACAAGCUCACAAGAACUCAAGUGUCCGACCCCUGGUUGCGAUGGCUCUGGGCACAUUACUGGGAAUUAUGCUUCACAUCGAAGUCUCUCAGGUUGUCCACGAGCAAAGAAAAGUGGAAUCAGGAUAGCACAAAGCAAGGAAGACAAAGAAGACCAAGAGCCAAUUAGAUGUCCAGUUCCUGGUUGUGAUGGUCAGGGUCAUAUAACUGGAAAGUAUGCAUCCCAUCGCAGUGCAUCAGGGUGCCCUCUAGCUGCCAAAAGGCAAAAGGAUGGGUACUUAAAUGGCUCACAGUUCUCUUGGAAGUCAGUGAAGACGGAAGGUAUGUCAUGUCCAACUCCAGGAUGUGAUGGCUCGGGACAUGUCAGUGGUAGUUUUCUUACUCAUCGUAGUCUAUCAGGAUGCCCCAGAGCCACUUCCGCCAUGAAGAAAGCAAAGCUGUCUGGAGAACAGAUGCUAACAAUAAAGCAACGGGCCAGUAAUGGUAUAGAAAAUGAUGAAGAAAUUAAGCAGCUAGAUGAAGAAAUCAAGGAACUAAAUGAAUCCAAUUCCCAGAUGGAAGCUGAUAUGAUUAAACUCAGAACUCAGAUUACCACAAUGGAGAGCAACUUGAAGACGAUAGAAGAGGAGAACAAAGUAAUUGAACAGCAAAAUGAGUCUCUUCUUCAUGAACUGGCCAAUUUAAGCCAGUCUUUAAUUCAUAGUCUAGCUAAUAUCCAGCUGCCACAUAUGGAACCAAUCAAUGAACAAAAUUUUGAUGCUUACGUGACCACUUUGACGGACAUGUAUACAAAUCAAGAUCGUUAUCAGAGUCCAGAAAAUAAAGCCCUACUGGAAAAUAUAAAGCAGGCUGUGAGAGGAAUUCAGGUCUGA